AGAUAUUAACCCUUGCCUUGAAAAACUCAUGGUAGCAUCAGUGAUUUCCAAAGACGCUCCUUUCCUCAUUUCAUCGGCUCUUGGUAGCAUUCUUUCUCUAGCGCAAAAUGUCGUUUCCAGUAAACGCCGACGACCUGCGAGCAGCACUAGGGGAGAUCCUCACUAAGCGCGAGCUGCUCGCUAGAACGAGCGGCUCCGCGGCUUGCUGCGAGGAAACAACUCAUCAAACGGAAGCCAUGGAUUACGGUAGCUGCUCAAGGCAAGAUCUGAGCACGGCAUCACCCGUUUUCCGCGGCGGCAUUGCACGAAGGCUCUUCGCCCCACGCAACUCCUUCGCCUCGUGCCAUUUCGCCAAGGUCUCAGUCCCCACGCCUGACUUGACCGACGCCGACAUUCUCGACUCUGGCGACGACAGUCUUGAAACUCCUACCGCUGACGGGACCGUCCCUUGUUACCCUUUCGAGGACCCCGCGUUGGGCAGCGACGACGGUGGCGACGAAGAGGAGGAAGCGGAGAACGAGCUGCUAGAUCUGGAGGAGUUUAUGGCGGCGCAGCUGUGCGCCGACGGGGAUGGCGGCUGCGCGGCCGACGACGACGACGUGGAUGGCGGCGAGUGCCACCUCGAGUCGUGCACCUGCUCCCGCAGCCGAAGCAAGACAAGCCUGAAAGCCAGCCGCAACUCGAGCGUUUCCGAGACCGAACCCCGCGACACGGACGCAAGAGACGUCGCUGAGGGGGGGGCGACAUCGUCGCACGUCGCCCGGGACGAUUCCAUGGGCGACGACAGCUGCGACGAAAUUGCUCGGCGGGAGUUCGGGCAGGCGAGCUCGCUGCGAAGCACGCUGUCGUGUAGGAGCUGGGACGAGCUGGAGCUGACGUGCGCGGAUCUGGACGCGCAGAACGUCCAGAUCCUGGAGCUCGACCUGACGCUCAUGCUCAGACGGCCGGUUGACGCUGACGUUCGCUGCGACCUCUUGACGGUUGAGUUCCUCGCUCCGUCCGCCGCUGCCGCCAUGGCCACGGCGUUUUGAAAUACAGCGUUCAGGGCCGGAGAUAGGAGCAGGGUUAGCUGAGUUGCGUAGGUGGUGUAUGGUAUCCUUAGGAAAUGAGGAAAUUUAUUAGUGUCUCACUAAUGAGACCUGCAUGAGAAAUUAU